AUGACAAGAGAAGGACUUGAUCUUGCUAUAAAUCAAGAUGAUCUUCCUCAUACACCAUCAUCACGUACGGUAACAUUUACAUUAGGCUCACCAACUUCAUCAUUAUCAUCAUCAUCAUUAUGUUCACAACAAAAUGAAUCAACAUCGAUACCCAUAUUGGAAGAUCAAGUACUUGAACAUUCCCAAUCAUUUACAUUAGAAGAUCAACGACGUCGACCCGUUAUAGAAGAUCCUUAUAAAUUAUCACCAAAUCUUGAAGUUCUUAAUGAUUGGAUGAUCACAACAACGGGUAAAAGUCGACGAGAAUUAAGUGAAACUCAUGGUUUUUCUGAAGAUCAAAUUGCUGUAUUUGAAGAAUCAUUUUCUUUGUUGGAUAGAGAUGGAGAUGGAACUAUAUCAAAUUCUGAAAUUGGUUCAUUAAUGAAUUCCCUAGGUUAUUCACCAAGUCAUGAAGACAUUUCAUCUGUGAUAUCAAAAGUAGAUAUUGAUGGUAAUGGCAGUGUUGAUUUUGAUGAAUUUCUUAUAAUGAUGCAAAGACGUAAAUCAACAGGUGGUAGUGGAACUGAAUUAUUAAAAGUUUUCAAUGUUUUUGAUAAAAAUAAAGAUGGUUUUAUUGAUAAAAAUGAACUUUAUGAUAUGCUUUUAAGACUUGGAGAACAAGUAACUGAAGAAGAUGUGACAGAAAUGAUUGAAGAAGCUGAUUGUCUCGAUAAUGAUGGAAAAGUAUCUUAUGAAGAAUUUAAAGCUAUCUUAUCAUACUCUAAAUAA